GCCCCUUCCCCUGGAGGCGGGGCAGCGGUCGUGACGCCAUCAGAGAGCGUCGGAGAAGCGACGGGCCGCUCGCGGGAGAUGCUGGAGUCGCUGUUGGGUCCCGGCGGCCUGGUGCUGCUUCGGGACUCGGUGGAGUGGGAGGGGCGCAGCCUCCUGAAGGCGCUCGUCCGGCGGGCCGCGCUGCGGGGGGAGCGGGUCCACGUCCUGGGCUGUGAAGUGAGCGAGGAGGAGUUCCGGGAAGGCUUUGAUUCCGGCACCAACAGCCGGCUGGUUUACCAUGACCUCUUCAGAGACCCUCUCAACUGGUCAAACGCUGGAGAAGCCCUUCCUGGGGGGCCCCUGGGAGUCUUGAGAGCACUGUGCACGAGAACAGGUCCUGGUCCUGUCACCAUUGCCCUUGAUUCUCUUAGCUGGCUGCUGCUUCACCUUCCCUGCACCACACUCUGCCAAACCCUGCAUGCUCUGAGCCGUCAGGACUCCCGCCCUGAUGACAGCUCCCCAGUAGAACGUGUGCGUGUGCUGGGCCUGCUACAUGAAGAGCUUCAUGGCCCAGGCCCUGUGGAAGCAUUGAGCUCCCUUGCUCAGAUUGAAGUGACCUUGAGUGGUUCAGGGGACCAGGCCUCAGCUCACAUUCUCUCUCGGAGGCCCCAACAUCGUCCAACACAUAAGAUUCAAUGGUUCACCAUCCUGCCUGACUUCAGCCUGGAUCUCCAAGAGGGGUCUCCCCUAAAGUCCCAGCCCCACCCAGAUCCUCGCACACACCCGGUGGAUCCCACUUCUCACUUGACCUUUAACCUUCACCUGUCCAAGAAAGAGAAGGAAGCCAAAGAUAGCCUGACCCUGCCCUUCCAGUUCAGCUCAGAAAAACAGCAGGCUCUACUGUGCCGUGGUUUAGGCCAAGCUACCAGCCAUAUCUUCUAUGAGCCAGACGCUUAUGAUGACCUGGACCAAGAGGACCCAGAUGAUGACCUAGAUAUUUGACUAGAGUGAAUUGGAGGGGGGUGCGGAGACCUGGGGCCUAUAACCAUUGUUCCAGUUGGCCUUACCUUGUUUCUUCCCCAUCUUUGUUUCCUGUGUCUCUGGAGACCCUACCCUCUGACCCAUGAGCCAGGGAGCAGUGUCCAGUCAGGACAAAAAGUGGAUGGGCCCUAGCCGGUUUGGCUCAGUGGACAGAGCAUCAGCCUGUGGACUGAAGGGCCCUGGGUUCGGUUCUGGUCAAGGGCACGUACCUUGGUUUCAGGUUCCCCGGCCCUGGUCAGGGUGUAUGCAGAAGGCAACCAAUCCAUAUGUCUCUCUCACAUCGAUGUUUCUCUCUGUCUCUCCCUUUCCCUUCCACUCUCUAAAAAUCAAUGUAAAAAUAUGAGGAUUAACAAAAAAAAAAGUGGGAUGGGGGCAGAGGGAAAGGUGAGAGACUAGGAAACCUAUCACACACACGCCUAAUAAAGUAUUUUUUUAUUAAAAAAGAAA